AUGUCUGAUAUCCUAGUGGAAUGUUCUCAAAACCAACUCCGGGCAAUGUUGGAUGUGCUCAGGCCCCUUUUGCCUUCUAGCAUACAACAAUAUAGUUGCAUCUCCAGUUUUCUUUAUCAUUUUGACAAAAUCUGUGAUAACCGUGAAUCGCUAAUAUCCGAGGGUUGGAAUCUACGGUUCUAUACACAUCGUAGUGGUAACCAGGAUAAUUGUACUUUAAUUUCUUUGACGGGCCAUAAGGAUUACAUUGUAACCUGUUUCACCCUUCAAGAGUCGCAAGAAGAGCUCAAAGAGUGCCUGCUAAAAACCAAUCGAAUCGAAUGGAAUCUCAAACGGAUGUAUGUCGUAUGUGAUGAGAAACUGUUUCAAACUGUCAAUGAGAUUGCCUGCCAAAAAGUGCCACACAAUUGGAUAUAUUUACCCUAUGACAAAUUAAUAUAUGCGAGUAAGGAUACUAUUCAAGCUUUACAGUUAAAUGAGGAUUCUAUCGAUGAUGAUUUACAUCUUGCCGAAUUAGAUGCGGAAAAACAUGCAAAUAUUGUUAACGAAUAUUGGCAGUAUAAGCACGAUCAGUCAUUGGCGUAUAUCCAUCAGUGUAUUGCCUUUAAUGGUGGCAUUGGACUAUUUCGUGGUAAUGAAGAUCAACCGAUUGCUUGGAUGACAGCAAAUGAAUGUUUGGCACCGGGGUUCCGUUAUACACUGCCCUCGGACAGACGAAAAGGCUACAGUGAGUUGGUAAUGAAGGCAUAUCUUAAACGCCUUGUGAAAAUUCAUCAAAGUGAUCUCUAUUUUAUGGUCUCCGAACAUAAUGAAGCAUCACUAAGUUUACAUAAAAAAUUGGGCUUUGAAGUUGUCAGCCGUAUCAAUUGGCUAGAGAAACCAUGA